AUCUUGAUGCCGGUGAUGACCACAUCGUUCACGCGGGAGUAUUGCUCCAGCUCAUCCACUCGCCGCUCGAGAUCCUCAAUGCGCUGGUCUUUUUCCGAGUUCCGGAGGCGUAGUUGUUUCACCUCCUCCAGUAGCCCCAGGAGCUGCUCCUGCUGCGCUCUAACCGCAGUCACAUCGCCGCACAGGGAGUGGAGAGAGAGCUUUAUCUCCUCAAACUCCUCCGGUGUCGGGCCUUUCCUCGAUGGGGGCAUUCUGGUGAUUUAUACGCCAAAUUAUCCAGAGGUAAUACACACUCCGAGUCUCAGCUCGCGUUGCACGUGGCCGCCAUCUUGGAAUGGCUUCCGAGUUGAAAGCUUUAAAAGCUUUGAGGAUUUUUGCUGCUAUUUGUUACUUUUGUAGCUGUGUGCUAUUGGACCUGUUGUGUUGGUUGAACUUCUGUGUAGGAAGUAGUUACUACGUAAGGGUAGUUAGUGUUGAGUUAGUAAUGGCUUCUUUCGAAGACUUCCUAAAGGAACCUUCAGAAGAGUUACUUGAGGUUUUUACAAAGGAUCAACUUUUGCAGUUGUCUUCUCAUUAUGAUAUUCCCAUCACAAGUAGUGAGAAGCGACUGAAUGAUAGUAUGAAGGAAAUCAUUAGAAGUGUUUUGAUUUACAAUGGUGUCUUAAAAGUUAAGCGGGUUUCCCCACAAUCCAUGACUGCUCCUUUGUCUGAAGCUGCAAUUGAGCUUAGGCUCAGGGAGCUAGCUUUUCAGGAGAGGCAGCCAAAUGUUAAUAUAAAAAUAAGAGAGAAGGAAAUGCAUCUAGCACAUGAACUGCCUCUUAAAGAGUUGGAAUUAAAAGCUGCUGCUUUAACUCAAAGAGGUGAUACCUCUCCGUUUGAUGUUGGUAGACACAUUAGGUUAGUACCUCCUUUUUCUGAGAAAGAUGUUGAUUUUUUCUCAUUUUGAACGGGUGGCAACCACGUCAAAGUGGUCUAGAACUAUGUGGACUUUGCUUUUACAAAGUAUCUUGGUGGGAAGAGCUCAGGAAGCUUAUUCCGCUCUAAGUCUUGAGAAGAGUGCUAAUUAUGAUGAGGUUAAAACCGCUAUUUUGAAGGCAUAUGAGCUGGUACCUGAAGCUUACCGCCAGCACUUUCGAAGUUGUACAAAGUUUGCUCACGACACUUAUGUUGAGUUUGCAAAACAGAAGGAGAAUCUGUUUGAUCGGUGGUGUACAUCUCAGAAGGUGGAAAGUAAGUAACCUCUUAGACAACUCAUUUUGCUUGAGGAAUUUAAAAACUGUCUGCCUGAGGUUGUUUCUGUUUAUUUGAAUGAGCAGAAGGCAGUGACUUUAGAACAAGCUGCAAUCUUAGCAGAUGAGUUUAUCUUGACCCAUAAGGUAAAGUUUGGUGACAAACAACCAGCGCUUAAUGCGAUGGAGCCUGUUUUUGCAGGGAUAUGAUCUUGCAGUCUGCCACAUCCGUGGGAAGGAUAACGUUUUGGUGGAUGCUCUGUCAAGGUCGUAAGUGCUGGUGUUUGUCCAUCAUUUAUGUACUUGUUGAUUUUGCCAUAGGUUAUUCUAUAGCAAUGUUUUAAGGGUGGGAGUGUUAUGUGGGAGUGUUUUAAUCUGUGUUUCAUUGCAGUUUCCCUGGUCACUCUCCUGCAAUUAACAGGUUAAUUGGAUCCACCUGAAGGGAGUCACUUUAAAUCUAGGACACAUGCUCUUGCUCUCUCUCUCGUUUUGCAGCCAACACUGCAGUAGCAGUGUUUCUGCUUCUCUAGUCCUUUCUUUUUUUCCCCUUUUGUUAUUAAAAUAAACUUAUUUUGAUUGGCAUACUUUUUGUGUCCUUUAUGUUGCAUCCCUAGAGCCAGGGUUGUAACACUGGUGCUAAAUUGGGAUUACAUCUGGGGAAAAAAAGAAAGGAUGGAAACAUGGUAACCACAGUGAUUAUCAAAGUGGGAAGUGAUGCCCUCUGGGGGCAUUUGGCCAGGAGUGUUUACACAACAGACAAGGUUUGAGAAAAAAAUAAUUAUAAAAAUAUAAUAAUAUUUUCCUUCAAAUGUUCUUCCUAACUUCAGGCCUUCCUAACUUCUCAUGUCAACUGUGAUCUUUAAAACAAAUUUUUCUUACUGGUUAAAGUCAUAUGGUCAACUCUGUUUUCUCUCCGAUACAUUGCAGUGUAAGCUUCAAAGUGAACCUUACUCCCAACACAACACAUCACAUCAACAACAAAAAUAUAUCUCGAUUCCAUAUGUUUUUAUGGACUCUAGGACAUGCAUAGCACAUACUGUAGGUGUUGUGUAGCCUACUCCAUGUGCGCAUUCUCUCUAUUCACCUGAAUGUAAGGAAAUGUGAAGUAGCCAAUGUGAAACUUAAUUUGGUUAAAUGAAGUGUUACAACGGUUGUGUUUAGGCCAUAAAAAAGUACCCUUGUGUUUAGAAGUUGCAGAUCUAUAAAAUAAACAUGGUGAACUGUACUAAUGCUUCAUGUUUAACAUUUUCACUGCAAUGGACAUGUGGAAAAGCUCAUAUCUGAAUGAUAUUUUAUGCUUUUUUUAGGUGGAUUAGAGUGGAGGGAAAGGAUUUAACAAGAGCAAUGGAGCAAAGUGAACCAUCAGAAAAGCAUCUAGAAUGUUCUGAACACAACAAAUCAAGCCUGAAGAACAUGAAUGACUGGACGACAGAUGAUGUCUGUGAGUGGCUAGUCAAAAGGAAUGUCCCUGAGCAGUAUGCUAAGCUUCUUUACAGUAAGGAUGUUUAUGGAGCCUCUCUAAUUCAUUUUAACAAACAAGACCUCCUAGACCUUGGUUUAAUGCAUGGACCUGCGGUUCACAUCACUAAAAUAGUGGCUGAGUUCCAAACAUCCUCACAAAACAUUAAGCACAGUGCCAUACUCAAGGACACCGAUGCAUCAGUAGAGACCUCUGUAGCACAGGGUUUCCAACAAGCAGCUGAAAUUCCUGCCAUUGGAUCUGCUGAAAUGGAGACACCUGCUCAAAUCAGCAUUGAAGAAAACAGGAGUGAUAUAUCAAGAGUGCAGAGAUGGUCAUUCGCCAAAGGAGACAAGGCAAGUGGUGCACAAUCACUGGCUUUACCUUUGACACAAUGCACAAUACAAGCAAAUAAUAUCGGGAGUGAGACCAAAGCACACCUGAUUGUCUCGAAGAACCCAGAGGAAAUAUCAGUGAGCUCUGAACUUCAAUAUUGUGCACCCCGCCCUUUUGAUAAAAGAAGUGAAUCAUUUGAAUACAUACAAAAUGACAUACUUCCACCUGAGACUGGUCCCAGCAACCUUAUUGACCCUCUGCAUGAGUACAAACUCAUGGCAAACACAGAGAAUGCUUCAGAAGUGAAUGUCUUCAAAAAAUUCAGAAAUGAAACAUUCCGGUUUGCUGCAGCAUGCAUGAACACUCGAACAAAUGGAACAAUCCAUUUUGGUGUUGGAGAUGAACCACUGUACAAGCAUGGACAAAUUAUUGGACUAGAGGUGCCAUCUCGUGAUAAAUAUGUAGACGAAUUUGAUAAGGGCCUGCAGGAGCACUUCAAAGGAAAAAGUAAUAUUGCAAUGGCAUGCAUUAGGCCCCCCAAGUUUGUAAAAGUAAAAUGUCCAGAUAGCAAGGACAAGUGGGUUAUUGAGAUUGAUGUUGUCCCAAAGUAUAAAUUAACCCAGAAGAAACUUUUUUACACUACAUUAGACAAGAAGAAAAAGAAGUCAAGGUGCCUUUUUAUUCGUUCUGGCGCAAGCACCAUUAAUUAUUUACCUGAAAAUAAUCUUAAGAUUUUUAAGCAGAACUCAAAGAAUUUAAAAAACGAUUUAGAAUUAUGGGCUUUAGCUAGACAGUUAGCUGAAGAGGAUAUAACUAGCAUAAGGAUGUGUUUCCACCAAUGCAUUUGUUCCAGAGACCAGUGUCAGUGGUGCCUCAACCCUAAAGUGGUGCACCAACCCUAAAGUGGUCCUAUUCAGCAGGGUUGCCAGGUUUCCUCAACAAAACCCACCCAAUUGCUGCUCAAAACUAGCCCAAAACUGGCCCAAUUACAUUUUGACGGGGUUCCUUGUUAAAAAUCAUGUUCUUGGGGAGGUAAAAUACAUGGGCUUCCAGAUAAAAGGAGCAUCUCAGGGGAUAAAUAUUGUUUAUAUUUAUAUUAUUGUUAUUGCUUCAACCUGCAGACAGGAAAAACAACUAUUGAGGUGCCUCAUACCAUGAUUUCUGCUGCAUUGUUUUACACAACCAACUCAAAUGGAAAUACUUCCAACUUGAUUGCACAUCUGCUGUGCCAUCACCCAGCAAUAUCACUGUCUAAAAUCAAUACAGCAGUGCAGUCAUCCAAAAAGUGUUAAUUGCCAAAGAUUUGCAGCCAUUUCAGUGAUUGAGAUAAGAUUACAGACCACUGUCUCACACUUUUUUUCUGGGCUGAGAUAAUUCCGAAAAAGGUGCAAUCAUUCAAAACAGUUGCGUUCUAUCCUUCGGUGGCUGUGCUGAUUUAAAACUAGUGUUUCUGUUGUGUUUGUGUCACAAAUUUAGUGAUAGAUGUAGUGACGAUUCUCUCCAGCCAAUCAGUGAUCAUCAGAGUUUACAAGUCAUAUUUUUGUAAUGGUACGGUUCACUUGGAACCUCAACCGAGGUGGUACAAAAAGUACCAGGUACAGUAUCCAGUUGAAAACCCCCCAAAAAUGAACUGUACCGUGCCGUACCAUGCAGUCGAAAAGUGGCAAUAGUUGGACAUUGUGGGCAUCAGAGAUUUAUCUUGCUGUUACCGUUCACUAGAUCUCAGAUUGGGAAAUGAAGAGUGCAAGUACUUCAAACCCAUUCCCUGUAUUAAAGUCAGACAAGUGCUAAUUUGGCAGAACAGUUGACAAAUGCAGUCAAUAAGUGGAAGUUCGGGAUGCCAAACAUGUUACUCCUAGUAACCACAAAUAAUUGCUGCAAAUAUUGUGAACGCAAUAGGUGAAGCUGAUGGACUGAGGCCAUGGAUAGGUUUCUUAGCACAUAUUAUAAACCUCGCAGCCAAGAAAGCAGUGUCAAUCAAUGUGGUGUCCCGCCUCCUGGGGAGGGACAGAAAAAUAGUGACUUUUUUUUUUUUACAGAAGCACCACAACCCAUCAUGUUUUGACUGUAAAGGAGGAGACGUUAAACUUGGCCAGACACAAGUUAAUCUUUGAUGUCACAACUCGUGUUGGAAAAAUGCACAGGACAGCGACUCACCCUCUAUUCUGUCUUAUUGGACAAAGGUCUAAAGGUGUCUUCGCAAUAUUAUAGCAAUAUUAAAUGACAGUUAACAAACUGGCAGAAGAACUUAUUCAGGUCCUCAAACCAUUCAUGAUCAGGUAUUUGGAGAGCAUUUCAGGACAGAGGAACAACAGGCUCUCUCACUGAGGAGGAAUGACCGCAUAAAAGUUAGCAGACAGUAUUCAUGUGGAAACAAAUGAAUGCAAGUUCCCCCAAGAUGUAGCAAGAGUUGCACAAUGACGCCUUUAUGUCCCAGGUACUGUACCUCUGUUGUGAGUGAAGUGUAAACUUGCCUUGCCGCAGACAAUAUUGUCAAUGUAGGUUUAUCUUUUUACAGAAGAACCUCAAAAUACAGGAAUAGAUAGCUGACCUAAGUGAUAUUGCACUUUGCAUUUUGAACGAAGGCUACCGUACUGAAGUACAGGUAUAUUUGUUUGAAAUGGUCAAUUUAUGUUUACAUUCAUAUUUAUUUAUUUUUAAUUUAGGAAUUUAUGUGCUCCCCUGUUUAUAUAUGAAAUACCAGCAGCUGUGAGCUGCCAGUGUUAGGAAGAGUAUUGCAAAAAAUAAUAAAUAAUAAAGGAUUUAUUUUUCUUGUCCUAUGACUGUUUCUGUAGAUGUUCCAAGCCAUCAGAACUGAACAGAAACAGAAUGUUGCAAGUGAACUGUGUGUUAACUGUGUAAUAUUUUCCACCUCCAUUAAGGUGUUGUCAUGUAUAGAAAAACUGUGAUAGAAGUGAGGGUCAUAUGCUGUAUGUUUUGGUCAAAUAGUUACAGUACGUUAGCUUUGGGGAAAUCUUGUCUCUUCAUAUUUUUCAUAUUCAAUAUUAUUUCAUAUUAUUUUAAUAAAUAAAUGUUUAUUAUUGUAUUGUA